UUUCUUUGUAUCUGGUAGAGAGAGCAGUUGGGUACGACAUACUUGAAUAUUAUUAGCACCACCUCUCUCCUUAUAAACUUCAACAUUUUUCAUCACAAGAAAACCCAAUAACUCGGUUUCCUUUUCUUGCUCAUCAAUCAACAUUUCAAGAAGACAUUUUUCUAUAUAUACGCAAUUCCUUUUAAGGCAUUCCUCAGAGAAUAUAGAACAUUCGUUUAUUUAUUUAUUUUUGGCAUAAAGUGAUGAAGAUUACGUGGGAAUCUCUAGUUCCUACUUGUUGUAAAGUUGAUAAUCCAAAGCCAAAGCCGAAGUCGAAGGAGAUCAAAUUGGUGUCAAAACAAAGUUCAUUUCAUAGGAUUUCUAUUUCGGAUUUCAGUGCUUCAACUAUUAAUUCAGAGGACCUUUCAAUUUCUCUUGCUGGUUCAAAUAGUCAUGCUUUCACUCUUCAAGAAUUAAAAGUGAUCACUCAGAAUUUUUCUUCGAGUAAUUUCCUUGGUGAAGGAGGGUUUGGACCAGUUCACAAAGGUUUCAUUGAUGAUAAACUUAGACCUGGUUUGAAGGCUCAACCUGUGGCUGUAAAGCUUUUGGAUUUAGAUGGUACUCAAGGUCAUAGAGAAUGGCUGACUGAAGUGAUAUUUCUUGGGCAAUUGAGGCAUCCACAUUUGGUGAAGUUGAUCGGAUAUUGUUGUGAAGAGGAACACAGAGUGUUGGUGUAUGAAUACAUGCCCAGAGGCAGCUUAGAAAAUCAGCUCUUUAGAAGAUAUUCCGUAUCGCUUCCAUGGUCAACGCGGAUGAAAAUAGCACUUGGAGCAGCAAAAGGCCUAGCUUUCCUCCAUGAAGCUGAAAAACCAGUCAUAUAUCGCGAUUUCAAGGCUUCAAACAUCUUGUUAGACUCGGAUUACAAUGCGAAACUCUCAGAUUUUGGACUUGCAAAAGAUGGCCCAGAAGGAGAUGACACGCACGUCUCCACCCGAGUCAUGGGAACCCACGGCUACGCUGCUCCUGAAUACCUCAUGACUGGUCAUUUGACUGCAGCAAGUGACGUAUACAGUUUCGGAGUAGUAUUGUUGGAACUUCUAACUGGCAGAAGAUCAGUCGAUAAAAGUCGUCCAAACAGAGAACAAAAUUUAAUAGAUUGGGCAAGACCUCAACUGAAAGAUCCGCGAAAACUACGUAGAAUAAUGGAUCCAAGAUUAGAAGGUCUAUAUUCUGAAGGUGGUGUUCAAAAAGCAGCAUUAUUAGCUUACCAGUGUUUAAGUCACAGGCCAAAAGCUAGACCAGAAAUGAGCACAGUGGUGAAAACACUUGAACCAUUGACGGAUUAUAAGGAUAUUUCAACCAUGACAUUUGUGUAUAUUGCUCCAGUUGAAGGGAAAGAAUUGAGUAAAGAUAGUGAAAAGGAUAAUCAAAAGGAAAACCAAAAGGAAAUGAAGAAAAGAAAUACUGACUCUCAUCAUCAACAUCAUCAUAGGAAAAGUCCUCAAAGUUCAACAAUUUACUCAGAGAAGGCUCUACACAAGAGAUUAAGCCCAAAUUCACCAUUGCACAAUGAUUUCCAUAGGUCUUAAGAUUGAAGACCAAAUUGUAUAAAUCGAGAAAAUGCAUCCACUAUUCGUUUAAUUUUUUAUAUACUUGAUAAUAGUUUGAGAUAUAUUUAUUAGCUACAAGAGCGAAAAGGCUCAAUUCUUUUUUUUUUCUUUUCAUUGAAUGAAAGUUGUAUUUAUUAGUAGCUUUUUUAAUCAUGUUAGAGAUUUGUUUAGCAGUUGAACAAUUCGGAAGAAAAAUCACUGUUAGUUAAGACAAGACAGAUAUCGACUUUGUAUAUGCUG